UUUCCCAUUCUCCAACUCCAAAAAAUCCAAAAACCCCAACAAAAACAAUCUUCAAACUUCUACAACAACAAUGAGUGCUCCACCUCCUGAACCACCAAAGAAGGACGCUGCACCGCCACCACCUGCUGCUGCUCCGCCGCCGCCAGCUGCUGCUCCACCUGCUGCACCGCCUGCUCCGCCGCCGUCAGAUCCGGCUCCACCGCCGCCUCGUGCACCGAGCGAAGUGUCUUCCAAGAAGAAAGGAGGGAAAGGAAAGGCUUCUGCUGCUUCUGGAGGAGGAGGCGGAGGAGGUUCUCUGUCUCAGCCGCCAUCGUCUUCUCCAAGUGGUGCUUCCAAGGGGUCAGCAGCUCUUCGACAAGUUGAAGUUCAAACCUUCAGCGACAUUCGUCCAGCGUUGUUGAAAUGGCUUGAGGGUCAGGAUAAGCUGUUCGGGGCUGCUGAGAAGAAUUCGGGACUUGAGCGGGAAAAGAUUUUCUAUGGUAUUUGUGGCAUUCUCACGCUCUGGUUGAUUGCUGGUCCUGGUGCUGGUUUCAUCUGCAACUUGAUUGGCGUCGCUUAUCCUGUCUAUGCUUCAAUUCUGGCUUUGCGUUCGGGAGGGAAAGAUGAUGACACUCAGUGGCUCGUCUAUUGGACCACCUACGGGACGCUGUCAAUGUUGGAUUUCUUCGCCGAUCGCAUCUGCGCCUACUUUCCUCUGUUUUGGCCUCUUAAAGCAAUCUUCCUUCUCUACUUGGCGCUGCCUCAAACGCUUGGAGCCCACAAUAUCUACGUUAAGUAUUUGGAUCCGGCGUUUGACAAGCUGGCGAAACGUGCGGCAGCCCUGUAGGAGCGUGGUGGACGUUGAAAGAAAUUAGAGAAGAGGAAAGAUAAAUAAAAGAAAAUAUAUAUUUUGUUUUGUAGGUGUAUAAAUAUAAAAUUAUUGUCCCCUCAUUUAUUUGUAAAAUAUAAAUAGUCCUCUUAUCUAUCGAGUGUAUAUGUUGUAUUGUUGUAAAUAAAAUGUUUUGAAAAAUUGUUUUUGAGUUUUCUUUGAAUUUUAUCUG